AUGGAUACUAGAACUUUACCGCCAGAAUUUCAUUCUAAAUUAGCAGAGCUGCAAAAAGCAUUAGACGAUGAAUAUAUCACAAAAAAAGGAUUCGAAAAAGAAAAGAAUGCAUUACUAGAAAAGUAUAAAGAUUUUAUUUCUGUCGAAAACAAGGUUGCAAUGUCGACACCUUUCAUACCUACUUCUAAUUCAGUAUCGUCUGAUUAUAACGGAGGAGCGUCACUUGAUAACGGAAAUAAUUUACAAAAUUCUUACGCUACGAAUGGAGAUAUUAAUUUACAACCUUAUAGAUCAGAGGAUAUGAGCAAUAAUAACCCCAAACAUAAACUUUAUUUGAAUGGUGAAGAACUUUCUAAUAAGGAUAUUCCAUCAUUUGGUUAUCCGAAUCAGCAUCGUCAUUCAAGCAAUAUAAUAAUGCCUUCACAUACAAGCGUACAUUCGCAUAUUCGUACUCAUAGUGUCGAUGCAAUAGAUACUUCUAAUCAGAGGCCUGUUUUUAUGUCGCGAAAAACUGAUUCUCAACAAUUGAACGGAUCCAAUUUAAAUUUUUCUAUGACGCCACCUGUACCUCCAUCUUUAGAUCCUAACUCUUCACGAUGGGGAAGUAAGUCAUUGCCACCUACACCGGGUUAUAUGCCAGUACAACCACAACAUGGCUAUAAUUCAUCAUUACCUUAUCAUCCUUCACCAAUCGGUUAUGGUUCAGGUAAUGGUAUGUAUGGCACAAUGCCUCGACCAAUGCCUGGACCACAUGUUAUCAGACCUCAACCACGACCGGUGCAACAUAUUCGACCACCUUUUAAUAAUGAAAUUCCAUUGGCUGGAAGGACACAAAAGCUUAUUAACGAAGAACUGGAGAUGAGAAGGCCAAAUGAUAAUGCAUCAAUUAUAUCUAGUAAAUCAUAUGGUUUCAGGUUGGAUGGUUCAACAAAUCAAACCAUACCUAGUGAUGAAAGAUUCAUUAAACCUGGAGAUAUACCUAGAAGAAAAGAUUUGGAAGAUUUCGAUCCAAGUCUUUCAAAAUUGGCCGGAAAACAAUUCAUGCCGUUCGAACCUCGUGAAAUCCCUUUUAAGAUCACUGAUCCAUUGAACUCUUCGCAACCUCUUUCAGAUUUUUCUAAUAUAGCUUCGAUCCUUCAAUACAGGAGUAAUAAUACUCCAAAAAAGAGAGCUUUUCUAGCGGUUGAUCAAAAAGGACGUGAGUCUGGUGAUUUUACUUGGGAAAAAUUGAAUUCGAAAGCUGAAAGAAUGGGACAAAUUAUAAUACGAGAUAGUGGAUUAAUGGUGGGUGAAAGGGUUGCAUUAAUAUAUCGUAAAAAUGAAAUCCUUGACUUUUUAGUUGCUUUAUUUGGUUGUUUUUUUGCUGGUGUUGUAGCUGUUCCAAUUAAUGCUGUUGAAAAAUUUGAUGAACUUUUAUUCAUACUUGAAAGUUCAAAUGCUAAAUUAGUACUCACAACUAAUAAUAAUUAUAAAGUAUUUACUCAAGAUCUAUCAAAACAACAAAAAGAAUUACCAAAAAGUGUAUUGUGGUGGAAAACUGAUGAUUUUAAUUCAAUGAAGAAAGGUGAAAAACUUGGAAAGUAUAAUUCUACCGAUUUAGCGUACAUUGAGUAUACUAAAAGUCCUAAUGGCGAAUUGAAAGGUCGAAAGCAACUGGGUGAAGGAAGUAAAGAAGCAAAUAUGUUGGCACAAGACACAUUAUUAACUUAUUUAGAACCUAGACAACAAGUAGGAUUGUUAUUAGGUGCAUUAUGGGGUGUUUAUUAUGGAAAUUUGACAGUAUUUUUGGCAAGUCUUGGACCGGACACUCCAGGACUUUGGAUGAAUUGCGUUUCUAAAUAUCAAGCUGAAAAGUUUUUAGGUCCAUUAGGAGUAAAAUAUCCACUAGAUAUAAUAACUCCAUUAAUUAGUUUACCAGAACAUGGAGGCAUGAUACUUAGUUUUGGUGAUUUAUUGGGAGUUAAAGGACUUGAUGAUCGUAAUGAAGGUCAAAGAGGAGUGAAAGAAUUUUUCUUGAGCAGGGAAGGGUUGAAAGAGAAUAAGGUUAUUAUAUGGUCUGCAACCAUAGCAGUAGUAGAUCCAGAGACAAGAGCAUUAUGUCUUCCGGAUACAGUAGGAGAAAUAUGGGUAGAUUCGCCUUCACUAUCUGGAGGGUUUUGGAAUUUAGCUAAUCAUACCGAAUCAAUAUUUCAUGCACGACCAAUAUUCGUACCACCUGACACCUCAAAACCCGAAUAUUUUGAACAAGAAUUUCUAAGAACCGGGUUAUUAGGAUCAUUAAUUAACGGACAAUUGGUAGUAUUUGGAUUGUAUGAACAUAGAAUAAGACAAUUUAUUGAAAUUAAACCGGUAGAAGCACCUAAAAAAUUAAAAGUAAUUAAUCGAGGGGAAGAUGAUAAUGAAGAUGGAAAUACUUACAAUGAUGUGGAAGAAGAAAAAAAAUUGGAGAGAUGGAAAUUUCAUUAUACGUUAGAUUUGGAAACUACUGCUAAAAGAAUGGUUGAAGGCGUUUCUGAUUG